GAUAUAAAGAAGCAAAACCCCCCAACUAUAAUGGCUUUGAGAGCAAACAAAAAUCAUGAAUGUGUUGGCCUCGGAAUGCAGUAGUGGUUGUGAGUCUGGUUGGACUCUCUACUUGGAACACUCUUCUCUUUCUCCAAAUACUAAAUUUGUUGAUGCCAAGAGUGGGUUUUGUAUUGAUGAUGAUGAUGAACAAAGAGGCAUGAGGAACAAGUGUGUAGAAGAAGAAGAAGCAGAGGAGGAUGAGGAGGAGGACUUGUCUAUGGUCUCUGAUGCAUCUUCUGGCCCCCCUCAUGUUAAUGAAGAUAAAGGUUUUAAUUACAAUGUUGUUGAUGAUAAUGGGUGCUUCUAUAAUUCAUUUAAAGCUCCUACAUUGUUCAGUAAUGGUGGGAAAAAGAGGCACAAAAUGAAGGAACGACGACGUAUUGAUCAUCAAGAGACCCCUUCUUCUAAUUAUAAUCUUGAUGAUACUGCUAGCUCUCCUGCAUUCAACUUCUCCAAGAGCAAUUUUGGUGUCACCAGCAACAAUCAAGCUUCAAUGGAGAGUGUCUUGGAUUACUCACAAGGCUUUUCAGCUACUCAUUUUGAGGGGAGAUCUGCAUACCAAGACCACCAGUUUAAUCUCACACAUCCUUCUUGGUCUGGAAACCAACUUCACAAUAACCAGUGGUUUUGAAAGUUGAAUUCCACCAGUUCUUGCACUUGCUGCUAUGGGGAGAGCCAGAGGGUGGUUGUUCAAGUGAAAGGAAGUAGGACUCAAAAUGGGACUCGGUUCCUUUUUUUUCUUUUCUUUUCUUUCUCAGUUUUCCUUCUCCUGUCAAUUUAGUGGUAAACAAACAACAUGAGAGAAAAAAGGAAAAAAAGAAAGUUGGUAAUAAAUUCCUUGUUUGUGUCAAAAUUAAAUUCUCUUGCUGUUAAUGAAUAGUGGGCAGCUCCCUUCUACUCUAUAUGUUCAUCAAUUAUGCUU